AUGAUUCACGACGAUCGAAACUAUGAGCAAAUCGAAAAUAUUACAAGCGCUUGGAAAACGUUGGGCGUAAAUGAUGUUCGACAUACGGAAAAUUCGAGCACAAUUGAAGAUGAAAUUACCGAAUUCGUUUGGCAACGAUCGCAAUCUCAGAAGGAGUUCGGUUCGGCUCGCAAAAUGCCAGUCACUAUGACUGCAUAUGAAGCUGAAUUAUUGUCGACGAGAAAGAAAAAUGGCGACUACGAUACGCUCAACUUUGAACCAAAAGCGAAGCCAAUCAAUCCAAAUAAUGACUAUCGAACCAUUGUGACAAUUACAGCGCCGGCAUACAAGAAGCAAACAUCGCAACCGAUCACAUCGAAUGAUUAUGAGAUUAUUGGCGAUUGUGCAACGAUUACAACCAACGCUACCAACACCACCACGUCGACCACCAACAAUGGCAAGCCAACGAUUGAACCGAAGCCAUAUCGUUUGGCCGACGACAGUCAUAUGGGAUAUGGGGUACUUCGAAAACCAAUAACAAAUAUCAAUUCGUCGCCGAAAUCACCAACAUCCAACGAUUCAAAUACAAUCGGCAUCGGAACCUCGUCUAGCGCCGACGAUCUCGUCAAUCAUCGAAAAUUCAAUGGCCUCAAUUAUGCCAUUGUCAAUAAAUCCAAUCAAGUUUGA